CUACGGAGUGAACGGCCAUUCAACAAAAGAAGAAGAAGCAGAAGAAGGACGUGCAGUGUGUUUGAGUAGUUCAGGUUUUGAUUCUAUUCUUUUUUUCUUUUCUUUUUUUCCCGCCAAAGCAUCUGCAGCGCUAAUGAGAAUUAGACCGCGCUGGGUUCUGAACGGCUGCGCCGUGUGUUCGCUCAUACUCGGAGGUUUUUUAGGAAGAAUGUCGUCGUCGGUGUCUGGGUUCACGGACAGGAGUGUGAUCUGGGAGACGUCAGAUCUGUCGGCGUAUCUGCACUCGUCCCCGUGGACUCCAGGGGUCGCUGUCAUCACCCAUAAGAGCUUCAGCAGCACCGCCAGCCUCUUCCACUUACCUGAGGAUGCAUUUCUGCAUCUGCUCCUGGGCGCAAGAACAGUCGCGCACUUGCUUUGUGAGAGUCUGGCGGUUCGGCGCUGCGCCUUGGUCCAUACGCCGCAGAAACGGGCCGGUGCGGAGCUCCACGUCGUGCCCCUCCACGGCCUGGAGUCAGAGUGGAAACCUCACCUCGCUGCGGAGGAAGAUUUCCAGCCGUACGAUCCCGGACACAUCAGCUCCAAGAGCGGGCCGCGCUGGACGGACGCCGAUCUAGAGGCCGUCAGGAGCCGCAUACGGGCUCGGCUGCCCGACCCGAACGCAGCGGCCAACUACACCUUCCUGGGCGAUCCGUCCGAUCCCGAGCUGUUCUCACGCAUCGUGCGCGGAGAAGAGAAGCAGUGGAGAGUUUGGGAGGACGACGGCCAUGUGGCGUUCCUCACGCCAUUUCCCAACACGCCCGGACUCACCGUCCUGGUUCCGCGGAAGCCUCUGUCCAGUGACAUAUUCCGGCUGGAGGAAGGCGACUACCGACGCCUGGCGCUGGCGACCCGAAAGGUUUCCGGCCUUCUGGAGGCGGGGCUUGGUGCCUGGGGGGUGGGGCUUAUCUUUGAAGGCUUUGAAAUCGAUUACGCUCACGCUAAACUGAUUCCGCUCGUCUCUUCACCGGAUGAGGCAGAGGUGAGCCUCACCUGUCCGACACCGGAGUUCUUUGACCGCUAUCCGGGUUACGUGACGUCCAUCAGCGGUCCGCCGGCCAGCAGGGAGAGUCUCCAAGAGAUCUGUGCCAGAAUUACCCAGCGCUAAUUAUCUUCUGACAAUUUAAUCAGAAAUGUUUAUGAUAAUGGCAGAAAUGACUGAAUUCACAAUUGUGAAAAUGAUUGAUCUUUAAGGAGAUCUUGUUUCGGAGGCAGUAUUAAUGGACUCAUUUACGUACUUUUUAAUUCAUUUAAUGUAAAGCCGUUGGGGUUUGGGAUGGUUUUAAUGAAACCUAAGUGCUUUACACUGUUUACGCAGUUCCAAUGAAAAUAAAUCGCUUAUUUUAAUA